AUGCCUGGCCAACAUCGCUUUGUCCAAACAAAAUUUAACAGUGCAGAAACUGAGAUCAUUGAGACCGAAAUCAACAAAAUGUUGGGAAAAGAAAUUAUAGAACAAGUCGAACAUACAAAAGAUGAAAUUACCUCAAACAUUUUUACAAGACCUAAAAAGGAUGGCACCCAUGAAGUGAUCAUUAAUCUAAAAGAUUUCAAUAAACAUGUAUCCUACUAUCAUUUUAAAAUGGUUCAUUAA